GGCGGUGGCAGUCUGGUCGCGACCAGGCAGCGUGCCCGAUCGCCUGCCUGCUUGACUGCUCUCGCCAGCCAGCCGCGCCCGCGCCCGCACUCGCGCUCGCUCUCGCCCCCCCAGUGGCCCCACGUGUGUGCACGUGUGCGUUCGCCGCCGCCUCUCGCUGCCCCCGCCCGGCCGGCCGCCGCGGGCCGAGCAAGGGCCGGCGCCCCUCCCCCUUCGCCCACUCAUGGCCCUCGCGGGGCCGCCGUCAUCGUCGUCGUCGUCGUCGCCCUCCCACAACUUCACCGUGCUGGUGGCCGAGGUGGCCGACGACGGCUACGACACCCUCGUCGCCGACAUCUGGGUGGGCGUGGUGCUCACGUUGAUGGUGCUGAGCUGCGUGUGCUGCGUGUGCUCGUGUCUGCUCUACCACAAGUUCCAGCAGUGGAAGCGCAGCGUGCUGGCGGCGCGCGGGCCGCCGGGCGAGGCGACCGAGGCGCCGUAUGCCGACGUGGAGUCGCUGCCGUCGUACACCAUCGUGUCGGGGUUGCCGUCGUACGAGGAGGCGCUCCGGCAGCUGAGGCUGGCUCGCGAGCGGCGCGAAUCGCUCAAGAGCGCGUCGGACCUCGCGGCGCCGCCUCCGGCCUCUCCCACCGCC